AUGGCUGACCACGACACAUUAAUCAGCAACUUCUGUGAGUUGACGGGCGCAGCACCGCACAAGGCCAACCAGUAUCUCAGCGCCAGCAGUUGGGACAUUGACUCCGCCGUAACUUCCUACUAUGCCGACAUGGAAGAGGGCGAGCAAGCUCCCCGGGAUGAGUACACCGGUCCCAGAACGUUGGACGGGCGUCCCGCACCUGGAGCCGCCUCUGCUUCGUCCUCGUCGAGAGCCAAGAAACCGCAAAAGCGCACUGGUAUGGCCACGUUAAGCGAUCUAGGCAUCGGCGGUCACGACGACUCAGAUGACGACGAUGAUUAUGAAGACGACGAUGACGAGCGGCGCGGGCCUAGGGAUCUCUUCGCAGGCGGAGAGAAGAGUGGCCUAGCUGUCCAAGAUCCCGCUCAGCGCUCGUCUGAUCCGCGGAGGCUGAUCAAUGACAUCGUCGCCAAGGCUCGGUCGAAUGCUCGGGAGCCUAACGAAGAGUCCGCCGGUCCUUCAACAAGAUCCCGAUUCCGGGGCACCGGCCACACACUUGGCGGCGAGGGUGUAGAGAGCCGUGAGAUCCCCGACCCCCGCGGCAGCGCCAUUCCGACCACCACGACCGACGGCCCCGUACAGGAGCGAAUCUUGCACAUCUGGAACGACGGUUUUAGCAUCGACGACGGGGAAUUGCGGCGAUUCGAUGAUCCGCAGAACCGGGCCGAUCUACAAAUGAUUAGAGAAGGACGGGCGCCGAUCCACCUCAUGAACGUGCGGCUCGACCAGCGUGUUGACGUCAAGCUCCAGCAACACAACGAGAACUACCGGCCCCUGCCUAAGGUGUAUCGCCCCUUCAGCGGCGAAGGCCGGCGCUUGGGAAGCCCUGUUCCGGGCGCAUCCACGGCACCGCCGCCGCGUCCUAUCGCGACGACCACCACCACAAGCCAGGCCGUGGCGACGGGUGUGGACGAGUCGCAGCCGACGCUGAUGCUCCGUAUUCAGCUUCCCGACGGUACUCGACUGCCCGCGCGGUUCAACACGAACCAGACGGUUGGCGAUGUCUACGAGUUCAUAGAGCGUUCCUCGCCUUCCCUCAACAGCCGUCAGUGGGUCCUAUCCACCACCUUCCCGAACAAGGAGCACGAAGAGAAGGGUUUGGUCCUGGGCGAGAUGCCCGAGUUUAAGAAGGGUGGCACUGCCGUUGUAAAGUGGAAAUAG